UGGCUUAUUUGGCGGGAGACUUUCCCGGCUGCUUUUGCCCGCCUUUUCUCCUCAGUGUCUCCAAUAUGCCUGCGGAGAGCAGUGUGGGGUCGAGCCCUGGGCUUCCUCGGGAGGAAUCUCUUCCUCCUCAUGGGGAACUUCAGUAUCUGAACCAGAUCCAGCAAAUCCUGCGGUUCGGACACAAGAAGGAGGAUCGGACCGGAACGGGGACCCUCUCCCUUUUCGGGAUGCAAGCGCGGUACAGCCUCCGAGAUGAUUUUCCAUUGCUAACAACAAAGAGAGUAUUCUGGAAAGGAGUACUUGAAGAACUACUUUGGUUUAUCAAGGGUUCUACGAAUGCAAAAGAGCUUUCUACCAAAGGGGUUAAAAUCUGGGAAGCCAAUGGCUCUCGCCAGUUCUUAGACCAGCAAGGAUUCCUUUCUAGAGAGGAAGGAGACUUGGGCCCAGUUUAUGGUUUCCAGUGGAGACAUUUUGGAGCUGAAUAUAAAGAUAUGAAUACAGAUUAUACUGGGCAAGGAGUAGAUCAGCUGCAGCAGGUUAUUGAUACUAUCAGAAACAAUCCAGAUGACAGAAGAAUUAUCAUGUGUGCAUGGAACCCUAAAGAUAUCUCUGCAAUGGCAUUACCCCCUUGCCAUGCUCUCUGCCAGUUCUAUGUUGUAAAUGGUGAACUCUCUUGCCAGUUGUAUCAGCGUUCUGGAGAUAUGGGAUUAGGAGUACCCUUCAACAUUGCCAGCUACUCACUGCUAACUUCAAUGAUUGCUCAUGUUACAGGCUUGAAGCCUGGUGAGUUCAUACACACACUUGGAGAUGCUCAUAUAUACCUAAACCACAUUGAACCUCUAAAAAUCCAGCUUCAGAGGCAACCAAGACCUUUUCCAAAACUCAAAAUCCUUCGCAAAGUUGAAAACAUCAACGACUUCAAAGCAGAUGAUUUUGAGAUAGAAGGUUAUAAUCCUCAUCCAACUAUAAAAAUGGAAAUGGCAGUCUAAUGGAGUUAUUUCAGCAUUGUUAACUGUUACUUGCUGUUAUAUUCAGUUUGUAAUGUUAAAUAUCAUUACUAAUAUAAAUUCUAAGUCAAGAUGUGUUUUUUAAAUAAAUGUUGCUUGUAUAUGAUGCUUACAUAUGGAGGAUAGGUUGUACAGCUAUUUGUAUAAAGUUUCUCAGUUUGUAAUGUUCAAUAAAAGAAGUGUAUUACUAUA